CGCGGCGGCGGCGGCAGCAGCAACGGUCGCGAUCCCCCCCUCCCGCCGAGCCACUCACCGAGGCGCAGGGGCUGGAGGUGGCGCUGGGGGUCGGCGAGCGCUGCACCGUCACCAGAGCCAUCGGGGCGCGGCGGGGCCUCCCCGGCCGGCCUGCCAAGAGCCCUCGGGAGACCCAGACAUGGCCGCAGACCCAGAGCGGGAAAACGGUUCCGAAACCAACCAUGGCAACGACCUCCCCGUGGGAGUGGAAAACCCAAGCUCGGGGGCGGCCCUUCGCGCUGUGACUCCGGCGGUGGACGCGAAGUGGAAGGCCGCCUUCCACGAGGGCGUCCAGCCGCGAGCGCUGCACCUCCAGGGCAUCAAGAUGGAGAAGCUGCGGAAGAAGACGCUUCAGCAGAAGAAGAUGGAGAAGGAGGAGCCGCCGGACAGCCUGUCCCAGGACUGGCUCAACACCGAGUCCAUGACGCUGGAGACCCGAGCCUACCUCCUGGACAAGCUGCUGCCCACCUUGGUGCCCGCCGUGGAGGCGCUGCUGAAGGUGGCGGAACGGAAGCAGGCGCUGGAGCCCCAGGAGUCCCAGCCCUGCCCGUUUGACCCGAUGAUCUUCCUGGGCGAGUACCUGAUGAGGCAUAACCCUGCCUACGACCUGACCGCCCAGCCCAACCCCUACGUCCGAGGGCUGAAGGCCAUCACGGACCAGCUGAUGGCGCGCGUGCCCGACACGACCAUGCACAA